ACAAUAGUGUAUUGAUGUAACUUUACAAGUAAGUUUUAUGAGUCUCAAUGAGCUCAGUGGGGAGUGUUUGUGGUAUGCAAAAGAGACAACAUAGGCCGCCUCAGGCUCCUCGACCAGUGGUUGGACCCCCCUUCGGCAGCAUUAUGGAUCCAAGCCUAUUGAGAGACCAAGAGCUGUUCAAAAAACGAGCUCUUUCCACCCCUGUGGUAGAAAAAUGUACUGUGCCUUCUGAGUCAUCCUCCUCAUCUAAGAAGAAGAAUGUAAAAGUUGAACACGGAGGAUCAUGAGGCUUUAAACAAAAUGCAGGUUGUAGCCCAUCAGGAGGGAAGCUGCUGAGGCAGAAACUGAAACAGAGACCACUGGAUCAUAGCAAUGGAUCAUUUAACUUGAAAGCUCUAACUGGCAGUUCUGGAUAUAAGUUUGGCGUUGUUGCUAAGAUUGUGAAUUACAUGAAAACACAUCAGCGAGGAGAUACACAUCCUUUAACUUUAGAAGAAAUUUUGGAUGAAACACAGCACUUAGAUAUUGGACUCAAGCAGAAACAAUGGCUAAUGACUGAGGCUUUAGUAAACAAUCCCAAAAUUGAAGUAGUAGAUGGGAAAUAUGCCUUCAAGCCAAAGUACAACUUGAAAGAUAAGAAGGCCUUACUCAGGCUUUUAGAUAACCAUGACCAGCGAGGAUUAGGAGGAAUUCUGCUAGAAGGCAUAGAAGAGGGGUUGCCUAAUUCCCAGAAAGCUGUCAAGGUUUUAGGGGACCAGAUACUAUUUGUAAAUUGUCCUGAUAAAAAGAAAAUACUAUUCUUCAAUGAUAAAAGCUGUCAGUUUUCUGUGGAUGAAGAAUUCCAGAAACUGUGGAGGAGUGUCACUGUGGAUUCAAUGGAUGAAGAGAAACUUGAAGAGUAUCUGAAGCGACAGGGUAUUUCUUCUAUGCAGGAAUCUGGACCAAAGAAAGUGUCCUCUUUUCAGAGAAGGAAAAAGCCUGCUUCACAGAAAAAGUGGCGGUUUAAGACUCACAAUGAACACUUGGCUGGAGUGCUGAAGGAUUACUCGGACAUUACCCCUGGGAAAUAGGGAACAUUUUUAUCAUUAAAUAAACUUGCAGACACACGGUCAAGAUCUUCCUUGAUGCUUGGAAUCUGAAGACUUACUGCCUUCCCAUCUGCUCCUCGGACGGAGGG